AUGGCGCUUGUUCAUCUGACUGCAUUAGCCACAUGUGCGCUUUUGCUGGUAGUUCUCCGCGCCACCUUCAAUAGUUGGAGACUACAGCGAAAGCUACCGCCUGGUCCCCCCGGUGCCCCGUUCAUUGGGAGCAUUCUCCAAUUACCCAAAGUUCGCGCGCAUCUCAAAUUCACAGAGUGGACCAGGACAUAUGGAGGCUUAUACGGCUUCCAUAUUGGUCCAGCGACAGCCGCAGUGGUUACGAAUCGUGCUCUGGUCAAGGAGCUCUUCGACAAACGGAGCGCGCUGUACAGUUCACGUCCAACUUCACAUGUUGGACAAAACAUCAUCACUGGCGGUGACCAUCUCCUAGUCAUGGACUAUAGCGACAAUUGGCGUCUAUUCCGCAAAACCAUAAAUCAGCAUUUCUCGGCUUCCAUGUGCGAAAAGACGCAUGUCCGCCUGCUGGAGGCCGAGCAUACACAGAUGAUGCGCGACUUUCUCCUACAUCCCGAGAAGCAUAUGUUGCAUACGAAGCGCACAACUAAUAGCAUUAUAAUGAGUUUGCUUUUCGGUAUUCGUACUCCGUCUUGGGACACACCACAAAUGCAAGACCUAUAUGAGAUAAUGGAGCUCUGGUCCCAAAUCAUGGAGACAGGUGCUACCCCACCAGUGGACAUAUUUCCUUGGCUGCAUUGGGUGCCACAGCAGUGGUUUGGCCACUGGGUUGAUCGCUCACAGGCGGUGGCACGUGGUAUGAAGCGGCUCUUCCUCGACGACGUCCUUGAUCUGCAAGAGAAGCUUGGUCUUACGGAUAACCAGGUCGACUUCUUGGGUGGUGUUAUGAUGGAGGGAGGCUCGGAUACCGGUUCCACAAUGCUUCUGGUCAUGAUCCAAGCGUUGGCGCUCCAUCCUGAGAUUCAAACGCGAGCACAAGCUGAGCUCGAUGCAGUCUGUGGAGAAUACCGAUCCCCAACCUGGGAGGACUUUCCUCGUCUGCCUUACAUUAACAUGGUUGUCAAAGAAACAAUGCGCUGGCGACCCGUCACACCCUUGGCCUUUCCACACGCUCUCAGCAAGGAUGACUGGGUGAAUGACUACUUCCUCCCAAAGGGAACCGCCGUCUUUCUGAACGUCUGGGGCUUACAUCAUGACGAAAAUGUCUUUCCAAACCCCGACCAGUUUGACCCUUCGCGGUUUGAGGGCCGGUAUAAGCUGGCAUUUGAAUAUGCCGCUUCCUCCGAGUACAUGCAGCGUGAUCAUUAUAUCUACGGUGCCGGACGACGUCUGUGUCCAGGGAUUCAUCUGUCCGAACGUAACAUGUUCCUUGGUGCUGCAAAGCUUCUUUGGGCAUUCAAUUUCGAGCCGGCGCGGGAUGAAAAGGGCAAUCCCAUCCCCAUCGACGCAGACCCGACCACCAGCUACACCGAAGGUUUCCUGGUCUGCCCGCGACCGUAUAAAUGCAAUGUUGCGCCACGAUGUUCGGCUCAUGCGGAUACAAUUCUCAGAGAAUUUACUUGGGCUGAAUCCGAAGUUCUUUCUCAAUAUGCGACGCCAUAG